UCCGAAACUCCCUAUGGUUCACAGUUUCCCCGUCUCAAUUCCAACGGCUACUAAACUGAUCACAGAACCAAACCCAACUUUCACACAAAACUCUCUUUUCCUUUCUUUCUUUCUCAGUGACUGUGUGUGUUGUGUUGGGAAUUCGAAUUCCCCACUGAAAUGGUUUUCCCUCUGAGGCUUUUUUGUGCGGUUGCGAUUGCGGGGUUCAUUUUCGUUGACGGCGCCGGAGUGAAGAUCCCGUCGACUCUGGACGGUCCGUUCGAGCCGGUGACGGUGCCGUUCGACCAAAGCUUACGUGGCAACGCCGUGGAUUUGCCAGACUCCGAUCCCAGGGUUAAGCGCCGAGUCAAAGGCUUCGAGCCUGAACAGAUUUCAAUCUCGCUCUCCGCUCACUACCACUCCGUCUGGAUCUCAUGGAUCACUGGCGAAUCCCAAAUUGGUUACAAUAUAAAGCCAUUAGACCCUAAAACUGUUGCAAGUGUAGUUCGUUACGGGAUGAUAAGACAACCAUUAACACAUGAAGCCACAGGCUAUUCUCUUGUUUACAAUCAGCUCUAUCCCUUUGAAGGUCUCCAAAAUUAUACUUCUGGAAUUAUUCAUCAUGUUCGCCUCACAGGGUUGAAUCCAAACACUCUAUACUAUUAUCGAUGUGGAGAUCCCUCUAGACAAGCCUGGAGUAAAGUUGGCUCCUUCAAGACUAUGCCAGUUUCUGGCCCAAGAAACUAUCCAGACAGAAUAGCAGUUGUUGGAGAUCUUGGUCUUACUUACAAUACAACUACCACCAUUAGUCACUUGAUUAGUAAUAAACCUGAUCUUGUUCUGUUGGUCGGUGAUGUUACGUAUGCUAAUUUAUACCUCACAAAUGGAACCGGCUCUGACUGUUAUUCUUGCUCAUUUCCACAAAGUCCCAUACAUGAGACGUAUCAGCCUCGUUGGGAUUACUGGGGAAGGUUUAUGCAGAAUUUAGUGUCUAAAGUUCCAAUAAUGGUGGUAGAAGGGAACCAUGAAAUAGAAGAACAAGCUAGAGGCCAGACAUUUGCAGCUUAUAGUUCUCGCUUUGCAUUCCCAUCUGAAGAAAGUGGAUCUUCAUCCACAUUCUAUUAUUCUUUUGAUGCAGGGGGGAUACACUUUGUCAUGCUUGGGGCGUAUAUUGCAUACAAUAAAUCAGAGAAUCAAUACAAGUGGCUAGAGAGAGACUUGGCUAAUGUCGACAGAUCAAAAACUCCAUGGCUGGUAGCCACUUGGCACCCACCUUGGUACAGUUCCUAUAAAGCUCAUUAUAGAGAGGCGGAGUGUAUGAGGGUGGCAAUGGAAGAGCUGCUUUACUCUUAUGGUGUUGACAUAGUCUUUAAUGGACAUGUCCAUGCUUAUGAAAGGUCAAAUCGAGUUUAUAAUUACACAUUAGAUCCCUGUGGUCCGGUAUAUAUCACAGUUGGAGAUGGGGGUAAUCGAGAAAAGAUGGCAGUUGAACAUGCUGAUGAUCCCGGCCACUGCCCAGAGCCAUCAACUACUCCUGAUGAGUACAUGGGUGGCUUUUGUGCUACAAACUUUACAUCUGGCCCAGCAGCUGGCAAGUUCUGUUGGGAUCAGCAGCCUGAAUACAGUGCCUUAAGAGAAAGUAGCUUUGGCCAUGGGAUCCUAGAGGUGAAGAAUGAAACUUGGGCCUUGUGGACAUGGUACCGAAAUCAGGACUCUUACGGUAAAGUUGGGGAUCAAAUCUACAUAGUGAGGCAGCCUAAUAAGUGCCCUGUUCAUCAACAGAGAACUGCACGUUGGUUUGCAGCCUCUUAAACAAACGUGGUAGAACCAGCCUCUAGCCCUUUAUGCAGGUAAUGGAAGAGCCAAGAAGUAAUGGGUAUAGACGGAUAAAAAAGUAUAGGAUGGGGUGGCAUCUUGUCUUUAUGACUAGGCCUUCCCCUUAUACAAUUCACUUGAAAAAAUGCUUACUGCAUUUCUGUAUUGUAAAUAGUAAACAAAUUACAAGCUGUUGUUAUAAACUGUAACUAUACGUUAGUCUCCAAAUGGUUAUUGUUCGAGUAGAUAAUGCAAGAAUCAAGAAGUAAUAGAAAUUGAUGAAUAAAAAAGUAUAGGAUUGGUGGUA